GCCAGCCAGGACAGCGGUAGAUGGGGCCCAUUUCCAUCCGGCUGACCCCGCCUCUGGUAAGUGCAGGGGCGCUCCGUGUGACGCUGGGGCUGGAACAAAAAUCCAGUAUGGCGGAAUCUGUCAGGAGAUGAAUUUUCCUCCCCCUCCUCCCUCCACCUCGGAGUGUCUAACAUGGGAGAGGAAUAAGAGGCGAACGGAGCGGGACGCACGCCUGGACGCCUCCUGGUCCGGAUCGACGGCGAUUGCCAGACGGCGAGCUGCCUCUUUAAGUGGAGUCGCCACAUCGUUAGGCUGAUGGAGAUUGGCUGCCGCUUGCUGCUGGACGCCCGCUUCCAGUUUCCUGUUCGACCGUCCGGAGCGUUGGAUCAGCCCGAGCUCGCCUUUAAGCGGACACUCCCAGACGUCCUUAGCGUUGGCAGGACAGCGGCCCGCCUGUGAAUCAUACUUGCAUUAGACACACACACACACACACACACACACAUCUGUUCUGCAGCACACACACACACGGACACAACGAGCCAGCCGCUCUGUUCGCUGGACUGUGCUGGCGCCGACCCCGACUAACCUGGCAGAGAUGACAUCGAACAGCCACCAAGAGGGAAUCCUGGGGAAGGAGCAGUCACUGGAGGUCCUCAAGACAUCGGCGCUCAACCACAUCCCAACAGUGGACAUAAACUCAGCGCUGCCCCUGCGUCUCCCUCCUGCUGCCAUCCCCAUGGACCUGCGCGUGGACCACCACCACCACCACCAGCAGCAGCACCAGCAGCAGCAGGUGUCCUCGCUGUCCCCGCAGGGUCCGCACUCGCCCGGCUCCCUGGGAGGGACGGGCGGCGGCGGCGGCGGCGGCGUGGUGGCGGCCUCGGUGCGCGAGCAGCAGCUGCAGCAGGAGCUGCUGUCCCUGAAGCAGAAGCAGCAGAUCCAGAGGCAGAUCCUCAUCGCCGAGUUCCAGCGGCAGCACGAGCAGCUGUCCCGCCAGCACGAGGCGCAGCUCCAGGAGCACAUCAAGCAGCAACAGGAGCUCCUGGCCCUGAAGCACCAGCAGGAGCUGCUGGAGCACCAGAGGAAGAUGGAGAACCACCGUCUGGAGCAGGAGCUGGAGAAGCAGCAGCGGGAGCAGAAGCUGCAGCUGCUGAAGAACAAGGAGCGCGGCCAGGAGAGCGCCGUGGCCAGCACCGAGGUGAAAAUGCGCCUGCAGGAGUUCGUCCUCAACAAGAAGAAGGCGCUGGCCCAGCGGAGCCUCAACCAGGGCGGCCUCCCCAACGACGCCCCCUACUGGUACCGAAAAACCCAGCACAGCUCUCUGGACCAGAGCUCGCCUCCACAAACCGGCGUGUCCACCUACAACCACCCUGUGCUGGGCGUCUACAACCCCCGGGAUGACUUCCCGCUGCGAAAGACUGCCUCGGAGCCCAACCUGAAGCUGCGCUCCCGGCUGAAGCAGAAAGUGAGCGAGCGGCGGAGCAGCCCGCUCCUCCGCCGCAGAGACAGCCCCAUCGCCACGGCCAAGAAGCGCUCCCUCGACAUGGCGGACUCUGCGUGCAGCAGCGCCCCCGGCUCGGGGCCCAGCUCCCCGAACAACAGCUCCAACAACAUCCCCAACGAGAACGGCAUCACUGUGUCCGUCUCCAACAGCAUGGAGGCGUCUCUGGCCCAGAGGCUGUGCGGCGGUGCCGAGCAGGGCUCCAUCAACCAGCUGUCCCUCUACACCUCGCCGUCCCUGCCCAACAUCACCUUAGGGCUGCCCGCCACUGCGACCGCCACCGCCGCCUCGAACGUCACCUCGGCGCAGCAGGACGGAGGCCUGCAGCCGGCGCUCUCCCUCAGCCCCCCCUUCCUCUCCGGCGGCCACCUGAGCCCCUACCUUGGAGACGCGGGGUCCGGGGGCCACGGCGCCCACAGUCCCCUGUUGCAGCACAUGGUUCUGAUGGAGCAGAGUCCGGCGCAGAGCCCUCUGGUGACAGGCGUGAGCGGCAUGUCCAUGUCGUCGGCGUCCAUAGCCAAGCUGCAGAGGCAGCACCGGCCCCUGGGGAGGACCCAGUCGGCGCCGCUGCCCCAGGGGACGGCGGCCCAGGCCCACGCUCAGGCCCUGGCCCUGCAGCAGCUGGUGGUCCAGCAGCAGCACCAGCAGUUCCUGGAGAAGCACAAGCAGCAGUUCCAGCAGCAGCAGCAGCUCCACCUCAACAAGAUGAUGGGCAAGCAGGGCGAGUCGCCCGUGGGCCGGCAGCACCAGAGCCACCCGGAGGAGACGGAGGAGGAGCUGAGGGAGCACCAGGACGCGGGGGCUCUGCCGCCGGGUGUCACCAUCAAGCAGGAGCCCCCCGACCCGCAGGAGCUGCAGGAGGAGGCGCUGCAGCAGCACCGGGAGAGGGAGCGCGACCGGGAGCGGCAGGCCGAGCAGGAGCUGCUCUUCCGACAGCAGGCCCUGCUGUUGGAGCAGCAGCGGAUCCACCAGCUGAGGAACUACCAGGCCUCCAUGGAGGCCGCCGGCCUGUCCGUCUCCUUCCCCGGACACCGGCCCCUCUCCAGGGCCCAGUCCUCCCCGGCCUCGGCCUCCUCCUUCCCGAUCAGCGUCCCCGCGCAGGAGCCGCCCGUCAAGCCUCGCUUCACCACAGGCCUGGUGUACGACUCGCUGAUGCAGAAGCACCAAUGCAUGUGCGGCAACACCAACAGCCACCCGGAGCACGCCGGCCGCAUCCAGAGCAUCUGGUCGCGGCUGCAGGAGACCGGGCUCAGAGCUCAGUGCGAGUGCAUCCGGGGGAGGAAGGCCACUCUGGAGGAGCUGCAGACGGUGCACUCUGAGGCCCACGUCCUGCUCUACGGGACCAACCCGCUCCGGCAGAAGCUCGACUGUUCCGUAACGCCCAUGUUCGUCCGGCUGCCGUGCGGCGGCGUGGGGGUGGACAGCGACACCAUUUGGAACGAGGUCCACUCCUCCAGCGCGGCGCGGCUCGCUGUCGGCUCGGUUGUGGAGCUCGUUUUCAAGGUGGCGACCGGAGAGCUGAAGAAUGGUUUUGCGGUGGUCCGCCCCCCUGGACACCACGCAGAGGAAAGCACUCCCAUGGGCUUCUGCUACUUCAACUCGGUGGCGAUCGCCGCCAAACUGCUGCAGCAGAGACUCAGCGUCAGUAAGAUCCUCAUCGUGGACUGGGAUGUCCACCACGGCAACGGCACCCAGCAGGCCUUCUACGACGACCCUAACGUCCUCUACGUGUCCAUCCAUCGCUAUGACGACGGAAACUUUUUCCCAGGAAGUGGCGCCCCGGACGAGGUUGGCAGUGGUCCUGGGGUGGGCUUCAACGUCAACGUGGCCUUCACUGGAGGCCUGGACCCCCCCAUGGGAGACGUGGAGUACCUGGCUGCCUUCAGGUCCGUGGUGAUGCCGAUAGCCGACGAGUUCGCCCCGGACAUCGUGCUGGUCUCCUCCGGCUUCGACGCCGUGGAGGGACACCCCCCGCCGCUGGGCGGCUACACCCUCACGUCCAAAUGUUUCGGCUAUCUGACCAGGCAGCUGAUGACCCUCGCUGGGGGCCGGGUGGUCCUGGCGCUGGAGGGGGGGCACGACCUCACCGCUAUCUGUGACGCCUCUGAAGCCUGCGUGGCCGCCCUGCUCGGCCAGGAGCUGGAUCCGCUUCCAAAGGCCGUCCUGGAGCAGAGGCCCAACCCCAACGCUGUGAGCUCUCUGGAGAAAGUUAUCGAGACGCACAGUAAGUACUGGCGCUCCGUGCAUCGCUACUCAUCGCGGCUGGGACUUUCUCUGCUGGAGGCCAAGCGAGGCGACUCGGAGGAGGCUGAGGCCGUCAGCGCCAUGGCGUCUCUGUCCGUGGCCAACACCAACGCCAUGGAUCAAACCAGGGUGGAGGAGGAGCCCAUGGAGGAGGAGGCUCCGCUGUAACUGAGGCGGGCGAGAGGGCGUCGCUGCGUUGCCAUUGACCUCUCCGGAGACGAGCCUCGACUGACCCCUUCAUUUAGCCCCCCCUAACCCCACUCAACACGUCAGUCACCUUGAUCGGCGAUCCCUCGGGUCUAAAGCGAGGGAGAGAGGGGCGGGCUCGGCCUCAGCGUAGGGAGCCAAUCAGAAGACAAGAGGACUGAACUGGGGAGGGGGGGGGGAAUUACGAAACUUAACGCGUUGCUUUUGCAGCACUCGUUCAGAGACAUUCAUUGUUUUUUCUGUCGGCCUUCGCACCUUCGCGUCGGCCCACAGCGGGCGGACCGUGUGGUCGCGGCAGCCGGCGAGUCCGUCUGGAGCCGGGACGGGAUGGUGAUCCCGCCGCAGAAAGGAAAAGGUGCACAUCCGGUGCUUUACGCAGCUGCCCUCUCUGACCGCAUCCAGUCGAGACACCAGGGACAGUGGACGUUCUCAGCUGUCCUUAAGCAGCUUGGGGGUGGGAGGGGGUCUUUUCUCUUAGCUUCAUUCCCCACUAAACUGGGGGGAGGGGGACGCCGCGGCAUCUGGGACAUGUUUUUUUUUUUUUUUUUUAUGUGCCGCGCUCACUGUGGUUUCCUGUUUUGCCGUCGGUCGAAGGAGGCUGAGACUGUCGCCGUGCCGGAGACGCCCGCUGGUGAAGGUUGACGAGUGGAGAGGAGUGCCUUGGAGAGGGUCCGCCUGUUUUCAGGAUUGUUCAGGAAAAAAGAUUGCCUUAACUUUAACCAUUUUUCUCAUUGAGGAUUUGGUGCGAGGAAGCAGACGGGGAGGGGAGGGGAAUGACAACAAAAAAAAAAACAAAAAAAAAAGCUAACAAUCUUUCAGCAUGUUUACUUAGAAAGUGAUGGAGGCAGCAUUUAUGUCUCUCAUGGCUUCUCUUGAAGAGUUACUUUACUUUUUGAUGGAUCUAUUUUUCUGUAAAAAAGUUUAAAAAAAAGAGAGAGAGAGAGAAAGAGAGAGAAACCGCAUCGUAAAAAAAGGUAGUUGCCAGCUUCUUUAGACAAGGGUGCAAACGCAGAGGAAGGAAUCAGAUCGCAAACUCUCAAAAACAGUUUAGCCUUUGAUGUAGCCUCCCUUUAAUGGUCAUCGCUUUUCUUGCAGAACGAUCGCAGAGCAUGCAUUUACGCAGAUUUAACGAAUGUCGCCCAAAAGAGAAAGCCGAGCAAGAAAAAAAAAAAAAAAGCCAAAGCAUGAGUUUGCAUUUUUACAGUUUCACUACUCUUAGAUGGGCGGGUGGGGGAGUCAACAUUUCACACAUUGGCCCCAUUUUUAACCCUCUAUGGUAUGCAUUUAGGUGAAAAAUGUCUGGAGCUUUUCAUCUUAAAACAGACUAAACAAACCGUAUAAAGUUAAUUUUUAAAUUAGUUUUUUUGUGGGGGAGAGUGAAGCUUAUGUUGUACUAUAAUGGUUCAUAACAGAAUGUACUUUACACGCAUUACAUUUUGCGUCCCUUUAAAAAGGGUUUCUUAUCUGAAAGCUGCCUCUAGACCACAUUGCACCACUGUGGAGCAGCCCAUUAAAGUGGGGGUCGUAGCGCCAUUCCUCAUAGUUCGGUUUACAUCGUUAAAGCUUAGGAAAGAGAAUUUUGAUGCUGGUUACCACCAAAACAAAAAUUCAGGCUAUUGCUAACCUUUUGUAAGCCACAGUCGAUUACUGGAAAGAAUGGGACCCCCUUAACAAUCUAAAUGGAGCAGAGGCGCACAAAACAAUAGAAAACUUGUUCAGGACGCAACUGAUACAUAAGUUACGUUUUUUUUUUUUUAUCUGGUGCUCCUGACCCACCCCUGCUUAUGCCGCCCUGGGCAAUCGCCCAUCUGGCCUCUAUCAAAAGCCACGACUGCAAACACUAUCAAUAUUUCAUGCAGCCAUGGCGAUACCAUAAUGGUACAUUGUUGUCUCAGGGCAACAGGCGCCUUUUAAUGGUUUUCUACUGCUUAAUAAACAAAUAUAUUACGUUAAGCUGUAGGAAUUUGUUUUUUUUCCCAGAGGAAAUUCCGUUUUCGGAUUUUCUUUAUAGUUUAGAGGGUUUCAUUUGUAAAAAAAAAAGUCUCCCAUAAAAGGUUUGAAAGCGGCUUUUGUGAAAGUCGUGACAAAUUAAAGCACUGUUAUCGGUUCCUUAUUGUCUCUCCUCCUUUUUUUUUAAGUAUUGCGUUAUUUAAAGAGGUGCCUUUUUGGAGCUCCGACAGUCCAGCGUGGUACCAUAGAGGGUAAAGACAAAGCUCCCGACACCCCCGGUUCAAUGUUUACUGAUUUAAUCCGCCUCGGAGCAGGCGAGCAUUUCUUUACGCGUGCUGAUCGAAAGGUUGGCAACUACCUUAGUGUGAGCGUCGCAUCAGUCGUGUAUAUUUAAUUGAAUAUAUUUUGACGGUAAUCCAAGUAUUGUCGGUUUGUAUAUCUACGUGUAUGAGGUUCCACAUCGAGUCGUCGAUUUUACGAUAUCAGAAACGUGUUUGGUUAAGCGUGUCCACUUUUUAUUUUGUAUCGUAUAAGAUUAUUUUUCUAACGUUUUAUUUUUCAUUCAUAGGUUUUGUUCUGUGUGUUCCUAUUUUUUUUUUAUCCAUUUUAUCUGGAUAGAUAUAGGGCUGCAUUCAUGUACUUUUAGUGCUGUCGUCAUUUAUUCUUUCUUGUAUUUAUGGAAAAACAAGGAGCAACACUUUCUUUCUUUCUUUCUUUCUUUCUACGGCUCCCGAAGCCUUUUCAGCAUUUUCAUCGACUAUGUAUUUAUAACAUGUGCUGUUUAUAGGAGAUUUGUAUAUGGAAACUUUAUAAAUGUACUCUUACCUAAUGACAGCUAUGAUAUUGUGAGCAAAAAUCCAGUGCGGUGUAUAAGCGGCGUAUUUAACUCGUCAUCGACUGCGCUGUUUUUCAAGCGGCCCUCCAGCAGAUCACUGCAUGGCACUGCAGUCGACGUUACACGUUUCAUCACUUUGUUGCCUAAUCAGUUCAUCCUCCUCCUGUGCGCGGGCGACGCGCAUCUUUACCUUUCGAUUGCCGUGUCUUGUAGCUGGUUGAGCUACCUGCGGCGGAAAACGGCGAAAAAGGAGAAGCCGACUUACUACAGUUUGAACCAGAUGUUUACGUACGCUGAAUAAAAGGCUUUUUUUCCCCCCUCCUCACUGUUGGACAUGUAACCAGAUUUUUUUUCCUGGCUUUAUAAAGAUAGGAUCAUUAAAAUAGUAAUAUUUGCUAAAUGCCAGAAUAACAACAUUGCUCCUGACUAAACUGGUGUAACUGGGUCCAGUUUGUAGGCUGACUUGCUUUAAAUGAUGCCCUCUAUUUGAAAAGUUGUGCAAAACACCCACACAGCAUGAUGCCGCCGCCUCCAUGCUUCAAAGUGAGGAUAGUUUCCUUCUCUAGCUUUUCCCAUUUUUCUCCUAAUAAAAUAAUCUUCAUUACGACCAUAUUUUACUUUAAUUUUAGCUUCAUUAGAUCACAGGACAUGUCUCCAAAAUGAUCUCUUAAUGCAUUUAAAAAUCUAUCGUUUUGAUGUUGCUUUUGGAGCAAUGGCUUCUUCCUUGCAGAGCGGCCUUUCAGCCCAUGUCUUGUUUCACCCGAUGAUGACUUCUUGGAGGUCCAUGAGGUCACACGAGAAAGCAGGUUUUUGAGGUGUUGCCUUCCGCUACAUCCAGAUGUGCGCCUCCAUUUACCCCACAUGUUGGGAUUUAACCAAUCAGAACCUUGCAAUGCUGUGUGGCAUCUUCCUUAAAGCGAUCCUGGUAGUCUUGGCAUUUCUAAUCUUCUCAGUUUGAAUACAAAUAACAAAAAAUGUCUCAUUAUUUUGGCAUUUAGCAAAUAAAAAACAUUUGUUAAUCCUGUCUGCCCUAAAACAGCAAAGGUUUAACAGUUUAAUGUCAAACAGUGAAAAAUGGGACAAUUUUUAUACAGUUUAUGCAAAUCUGGUUUCAACUGUAAAUUAGACACCCAUCAUGUUUAAGUUGAUUUAUUGUUUUCUUAACCUGUAACAUUUAAAACUGAUUUGAUGUUUUUUGAGCCUAACAAAACAUUCCAUUUAUAUGUUUAAUUUGGCUUCUCUUAAGUGAUUUUAAUUUUUUUGUACAAACCUAAGUAAGGUUUUCUUCUUCUUUUUUUUUUUUUUUUGCUGUCUGCUCGCACCAACUUUUAACUCUUUGCAUGGUCUGUGAGUCAGCAUGCCUGCUUGUCUAUGUAAUGGUAAAAAAAGAAAAGAAAAAAGAAAAUUGUAUUUGCACAACAGAAGAACACUGGAGGACUUUAAAGUAAAAACCUCCCAGGAGCGCCAGGCGGGGAGGCCUUCUCCAAAACCGCCGCUGGCCAGACGAAUUUCAAAGACUUGGGCGCUGAGAAGCAUUUGAUAUUUUUGAGACAAUUCAGCACUUACGGACUGCGUUUCAGAGAGACGUGCUCUGCCAAACCUCUGCAACAUUCAAACCUUCAAGAAAAGACUCCCAAAGAAUGUUUCUGCGUUAAAGGUUUUUUUUGUUUUUUAUUUGUUUGCAAAUGACAGAUAUUGUCUGGAAAGCAGUUUGGGAAAACAAAGGGCAUCGUCAUUUGAUUGUCACACCCACCUCGGCCAGUUCUAUAUAUACACAUAUAUAUAGACAUAUAUAUAAACCACUGUGGCUCAAGAGCAAAUCUUGGUUUACAUGUAAAUUGAUGAAAAAAAGUUAUUUUUUGUUUGUCUCUGUUGAUGAAAAAUGUUCUCUUUCUUUGGGACCUACGCUUUAGACAUUUCAUCUCUGACAUCUAUAGAAUAUAUUUCUGAAAA